AUGGCCUUGCACAGUGAGGAUUCAGAUAGGGACGUUGCCAUGGUAGACACUGAAAGACUUGAAAUAAACAAUGACACCGGUAUGGCUAUGAACAUUUCCAUGACCCAACAAAUCGAAGACGAACGCGAUAUUUCCUGCUCUACAUUCCCAGAAAAAAGCGUAGUAGCCAUCAACUAUGGUAGGAUCUAUGCAGGUCCUUGUCAUGACACCGACCAUCCUUGGCUUAUCAACGAAGUGGCCCACGAACAGUCCUCACAUACAGAACUCCGAAAUACCUCACUAUACACUUCCAUGGUGCGCAAACUGCCCGGGUGUGGGAGACAAGUCCAACAAGCACGUCACCAAACAGCCGCCAUUGCUGCUGAGCUCAACAUAGACGUGACUACAAUUCAGGGAUCGCUAAAACCCCAUGAACCACACGUCAACAUUGCACAGAUCUUACACGACGACAUUUUCAACCCCUGGAUUCCAGACUCGUGGGAGGUGGCCGAUAUUGUAGCUAGUCUCAUUCAGCACUGCGACCGCGAGCUGUUUCUUAGACAGUAUCUGGAAAUGGGAUUGGAAAUUGGAGAAGUUGAACUUCAACGAGAGUUUCUAGUUUGGUUCCUUAAUUUUGUUAAUGAUGUUUGCGAAGCUAUGGACGAUAUCUACACAAGACCAGGGCCAUCGACAAGCGAGUUUCCAGGCUACAUAUUUGACAGCCCCAUGAUAACUGAAUAG